GUCUCACCUUUAGUCGUUGCUGAGUUUUCAACGGAAACGGGUGCUGACGGUUAUUCUUUUGAUUCUGCGAAAAAUUGUGCAAUCCACAAGGGGAUUCUCUGUGAUUCUACGGCAUUUUUUUGAGAGUGAAGAAAUCUUCCAAGAAAUUCCACCAGAGAAGCUCAAUUUUAACCCAUAAAAGCCAUAAACUAAACCUCAAAAGGAAAAUAAGUGAUGUUGGUGCUUAUGUUGGGAGUGAUUGCAUAACAUGGUUGUAUCGUGAAGUGAAGUGAAGUGAAAUCGAUCUUGAGCGUUCAGCUCAUUCUCAAUUGAAAGUGACCCUCUUUUCCAAAGCAACAACCACUAAACUUUCAGUGCUCCUGCAACAAUGUGUCUGAAAAUGAAUCUUCUAGCCGCAAUUCUACUCUUUGGAUGUACCAUUGGACUGUCUCAAGCGAAAGGUGCUCACAAAGUUCACUGCUCCGAGGAAUUGAUGCGAGUGGAAAUCUCAUUGCCAUCAACGGAACAAAUGCAGAAUCCUCAAGUGUACCUGGAUGGAAUGAAAGGCUAUCCUGAUCCUCGGUGUCAGCCCCAAAUCACAGAAUCCCUAGCUGAAUUUCAUCUUUCCCUCACUGAUAUCUAUGAAUGCGGAGUCACGAGGAUUGUUAACAAGAUUACAGGGAAGAAGGUUUUCUACCACCGAAUCAUCAUUGAGGGAAAGGGCGGGAAAGAGAUCGUCAGUGUAAAGUGUAUCACAACAGGUCCAGUUUACAAUGUCACAGCCAGAGGACAUGGAAUUGUCAGGAGAGAUACUCUUCCUGCUGGAUUUCAGGAGCCAGAGGAUCUCGAGAUCACGACAAUGGUGAUUGAGAGGGCUCCUGAACCAAUUCUUGGAGUAGGAGUACGACAGGGAGAUGAAUUAGUAUCGGGAGAGUUAAAUGUAAGCCCAGGAACGCCACUCAAGAUGGAAAUCUAUCUGGAUAAGGCUUCAGCGCCAGUCUAUGGACUCGGAGUCACGUAUAUGCAAGUUACUGAUACAAGAACUCAAGAAGAAACUAUCAUUUUUAACGGAUGUUCCGUUGACCCGUAUCUCUUUGAGAACUUCAUCACAGACGACGGGGACUUCCUCACAGCCAAAUUCAGGGCUUUCAAAUUUCCCGAGACCACUUUUGUUCAAUUCCGCGGAACUGUUAAUGUUUGCCUGGACAAAUGUCAAGGAAUCCCAUGCAGCAAUGGACAAAUCGGCUAUGGACGACGGAAACGAGAGAUUCCCUCACAAGCUGAUCCGAAUAAAGUGUACGAAAUCUCAAUGGCCACAUUCAUCAAGGUGAACUACGAGAAGGGAGUGGAUCAAGCCACUGUCGAUGAACUGGAGGCCAAGCUGAAACAGUUAAAGAUUGCAAAUCAGAAAUUGGCGCGAAAUAGUCGAGGAAGCAUACAAGAAGUUGAUCAUUCUAAGCUCAACUACCGAUCAGAUGGGGAAUCCGCCACAGUGGAAGAAACGACGCUGGUUAAGGUGCAACAGGGAGCAGGAAGUGUAGCUACAUUGUCUGUCUUCUCAGCUAUCCUGGUCAGCUUGACCGCCCUCAUGGUGUAGACUGUUCUUCCAACGGAAGCAACUCUUGCAGAAAGAAAAAUCAACAUUACCGUGAUACGCGCCACUAAUUUGUUAAUGAUGACUCAACGAACAUGUAUUAAAUGCUCCACUAAUGCUUUUCGAACGUGUGUAAAAUAGAGAGAACGAUGAUACGAGUAGGAGAAUUGGAAUAACCACCCCCUCUUUAAUAGGUAUUAACGUGUAAGAGAUUAUUCAUACGCAUUGUGAUCUCCUAAUUGAAAAUGAAAAAAAUUUAGGACCUCAUGACUAUGAAUGUCCAGUAAUUAAUUGAAAAGCAAUUAACUAGUCUUCUAAGUGAAAUAAUGAGAGAGAAAUGAAUAAAAAUUGAACAAAUUGAUUGAACAA